AUGGACUCACUCAGUGAGGAGGACAAGCUCUCCCAUCGGGAACGACGAUCCAUGCUCGGGUUUGGAGAAACGUUUUCUCGUCCGUGGGUAGGAGACAACCCACACUUGGACGACAGGCGUGCCUACAUAAUGGAGUAUUUCCGGCACAUGAUGUCGUUGACAGAUUUUGAACCGCUUCUUCAGCGUGUUCGCGACAACGCCGAGAGGGUGGUUUCGACUGAUUUCGUCGCCAAAGGGUGGACUCAAGUCCCCAUCGGCAUUUUCGAGUACCAAGUCAACAAGGCGGUAUGGGCUCGUUUCUUUGCUGGAUUCAAGGACGUCCCCAUCUGGCCAUGGACCAGUCGCACGAACCUGGAGGCCGGCCCCGACGAGCCGUACGCUGUUGUCUUCAAGGGCUGGAGGGAAAAGAUCCUGAAGGAAAAGGAGAGCGAAAAGGCGGCCGGGACUGCCGAGUUGGGCUCGACAGGGCCCAAGGUCACUGAGAUCAAGAAGGAGCCAGUCAAGGCCUUCAGUCAAAUGUCGGUCGCUGAGAAAAAUGCGGCAUAUGACGCGGCCAGGGAAAGGCUGGGGCUCUAG